AUGGGCUAUGAAGAAUGGCUGACCAAAACGGAAGGAUUCAGUUUUCCCCGUUGCCUUGGCGCGAUAGAUGGGAAGCAUAUUACCAUAUUAGCACCAGCUCAUACCGGAUCUGAAUACUUUAAUUACAAAGGAAGUUUCAGCAUCGUUUUAUUAGCCCUAGUAGAUAGUGAUUACUGUUUUUUGUUUGCUGACAUAGGAACCCAAGGAAGAAUUAGUGAUCAAGGUGUUUUAAAUCAAAGCAAUUUGUGGAAAAAAAUAUGUGAUGGGACCCUUAAUUUACCAACUAGUUGCCCACUUCCUGGAAGUAAUACUAAUAUGCCUUAUGUUUUUCUGGGUGGCGCUUUUGCUCUUAGUACUCAUAUUAUGAAGCCCUUUCCUGGACAUCAUCUUUUAGGUACCCCAGAAAGAAUGUUCAAUCAACAACUAUCACGUUCUCGUGUGGUCGUAGAGAAUACUUUCGGGAUAUUAUCUGGUAGGGCCUAUGAUGCAUAA